AUGAAAGAGCGCCUAGCCGAAAUACUGGCGCUGCGUAGCGUGGUCGACGCUCUCCAGCAAGAAGACUUGGUGCAGGUGCUGAGUGAAGUCACAGUUCUCUCGGAUGAGUACCUGCCAUUGCUUCAGUUCCUCAUGGCUCCAGACAAUUUAACGUGUCUGAUCAGCACGAUGCUCCAAGAGCCUACACCAACCGCUAGGGCAACAGCUGCAGCAGCACGACAGCCCGGAGACCCCCCGUCAUACGAAAAAUACGCGACCGCAUUUCGCGCUCAUUGGGUAUUAUGUGGAUCAGGUUUCUCUCACCAAUUACUGGCAGCUAUGACUGCUCUAAAAGGCGAACCACGAGCUUUGAUCGCCCAAACUUUGGCCGAGUUGAACUCACGUGACAGCAUGACGCUCGAAGCCUUCGCUCGCUUUAUUGCAGCCUUUAUGGAUCAAUACUCGCCGCUAGCGUUCAUGGCACUUUUUGACAAAAAUCUUCGACAGCAGAAAACUUUUCUCGAGUCACUACUGUUGCUUGUAUUUUAUGAACCUUUGCGGGAUGUCAUGGUUCGAAUGUGCAAUGACCUUCCUGGAACCAGCUCUGAAUACGAAGUGGAGACACUGGUUGGUAUCUCGCUACUACAGCUUUCACCCAUAAAUCCUCUCCAGCAGAUUAAUGACCGCGUGUCUGAAAAACUGCACCAACGUGUGGCAAAAGAUAUCGAGACGCUUCAAUUCUCGCGAAUGAUUUUCACUUGUGACUUGCUGACAGACCUCAUUCACGAGAAACGGGAAGGCAGUCUGGGAUUUGCAAUGGUGACGUCGCUUAGUGAAUCUAAGUCAAAUGCUGAACAGUUGAUUGAAGCUGCGUUGCGUGAUCUACGUCAACUUCCGACGUCGUUCGCGAAUGAGUCCCACGUCUUGAAAGUGUUGAACUCACUACUGCAACAAAACCAAUGUGGUUGUGUGACGAAAGCAGCUUUUUGCCGAGCUACCGCUGCAACACACGUUGGCUCGAAAGAAGGCGACGAUGCCCUCACUGCUGCGUGUACAGAAGGCAGUCCUCAUGAAGAUUUGCCUUUGGUUUGGCAAGUUUUUCUGUCGCAGUUGCCUACAGUGUUAUCGUUCUUCUCAACCGAGACAACAUCGUUACAGUGGCGUUUUAAUCCCACACAUGUUCAGCUGAUCUAUCUCAUGCUACCAGUAUUAAACGUGUCGUGCACUGUAGCGGAUACGCUGAUCGUUCGCACCAAGACGCUCGAUACCCUUCUAGAACUGAUCACACGAUUCCCCGAAGCGUCAAUUGUGCACUGCGCUAUAGCACGGCUGUUCGUUGUCGCUCUUGAGGACUCUCCCUUCAUGUUUGGCAAGGAGCUGCCAGCUUUUCGAUCAUCUACAGAUCCUCUACGUAUCCACUUGUUACUUGGAGGAGCACUCGACUUUGUGUUGAAGUCUUACGGCUGGACUACAGUACCCGAUACUACUGCAAGUGAAGUUAAGAAACCAUCACCACCUCCUGCGUUCCUGGACGUCGCUAUCUCGCUGGAUCAAGCGCUCACAAGCGCGUUUGCACAAUCCUCUCAACUGUUUAUUGGGAACUCAGCAUUCGAGCGGUGGAAGGUCUUUCGACUUGAAGUUCUUCUUCCCAUUCAGACGCUUUGGGAGGAGCAAUACCAACCUCCACCGGCAGCCGAAACGGGACCUUCACCGAUGCUUGCAGCGAUGCUUUACGGCGAAGGCCACGACCAGCCUCUAGAGGAUAUACCGACCGAUACGAAACACCUUCGAGAGCGGAAACAAUCCACUGACGGUAUAGCUCCUCCAACAAAUUCAGCUAAAGCUGAAGGACCUUGCGUCUCGGUAAUGCAACCGACUUCAUCAGCAGCGACAUCAGCACCAGUUUUACAAGACGUACCCACACCAUUAUCUGCACUGUACAAUGAAGAAGAGAAGCACAUGAUGCUCAAUGUUAGAGACGACGAUGCAGUAUCGUCACCACCACUAGCUCUUGUGAUUCCUGCAGCUGUACCGCAGACCAUUUAG